GGUGCCAAAAAUUUUUCUUCCAAACCUGAUAACACGUUCGUUUUCGUUUAUCUCCGUCAGCUGAUAGAAAAGAUGAAAAAUACAUGACGUCACUGAAUGAGAGAAAGCCUCCUUGUGCAUUUAAAUGCAAGUUGUUCUUCUCAUUUUUUAAAUGACUCGCUGGGUUCUUAUUUUGAUUGUUCUCAGUACUGGAGAAACGAGUAGUUUACAGUGAUUAGAAAUCCGCGUGCUAAAAGCUCAGCUUGACUUUGCACGAUCACUUGGCGUGUUUAUUUUUCGUGAUUAACGAUUAGUGUUCCGAAGGUUAUAGAUAAAUGUUAGUAGUGGACAUUUUGUUUCUAUCGACAGAACAUCGCGGAACUUACUAUUAGAAAGAUUAUUUUGUUCUGUGCGUUGUUCUGAAAGAAUUCUAAAUAAAAAUAAAUUUAUACUAAAUCAGAAUAAUAGUGUGCUUGAACUAUUUUCCGAUAGUUAAAAGUUGUUCCAUUUGUAAGAAUAUAACAGAAUGUUACAUGUAUUAAUAGUGAUUUUAUAAUAAAAAGAUCAUCAAAACAACGAGCUUUAGUAAUUUUGGAGAAACUAUAAGCCUUUCUUGUACAACAAACUUCAUUUUUAUAACUGAAGAAUCUGCAAACUUAUUUAUUUUUAGUGAUUGUUUUUGUUGAUCGUUUUCUUUGAAAUUUUUCAGCGUACUGUAAACUCUUGUUUGUUGACUGUUAACGGAAAUCCUUGUCGCAAAUUAGAUUAAAGAUGCCUCGACAAAACGCAGGUAGGAGUAUGAGUUUGACCAGUCAGGAAAGUUAUUCUGCUGUCAUCAUCGCUGAUAUGGUUGCAGAAAUUCCAAAUCCACCUGAACAGCCAGACAUAGAACAAGGUAGAAAGAAUUCCGCCAAAUUGGAAAAUGCCACCAGCUCACCUGCCAGAAAGGAUGGAGUCAAUCUCGGAUAUGAUGACCAGAAUGAGUUGACACCACCGGCUGUGGUCAACGUGGACAAUAUGGACAUAAACGUGAAUUCAAACAGAGCUAAUGGAACUGAUAUCUCCAAAGGUGUUAUUUUGAACGCUCAGUUCGGACCAUUGGACAAAAAAGCUGAUAACUUUAUUACUGAAAAAUCCAUUGAAAUGAACAAUGCACAGCCGGUACAAGCCAGUGAUGCGAAAAAAGAGCCAAAAGUUGAAGUUCCAACUGAUUUUAAGCACAUGUCUGGACCACGAAAAGUGGCCUUCAUAUUUUCUUUCUUACCGUCCAUUAUGUUUGUCCUUUGUUUUGCGGUCAUCCUUCCAUGUGAAAAGAAAUUGCCUUGCAUUCAGGAGAUGUGGACACUAACUCUUAACGAUACAGAAAUCACCACUCGACUGCAACUAUCAUCAGGGAUGCUAUUCUACAGCUAUGUCCAUGGUGCGAGUGGCACGAAUGGCCUGAUCGGCCGGGACGUGAAAACCGGAAACCAAGUGUUGAACAGCUCAACCUCUUACGUACCCCAUUUGAAAGGCUGUGGAAAACUGGUUGAGAAUAGCAGCGAUGCCUGUCUGGUGACUGGACGCUUUGGAUUAUUCGAACUUUUUAAUACGUCUUCUGGAAAUGCCUUUCUACGACUAAACAUAAACUCGACGGAUAGUCCACCAAUAUUCCGCUACGAUCCAGUGAUUCUUCCCGACUGCCUCGGAGACGGAGUGUCAGAAUACGGAUUUGUUGUUUCUCAUAACGAAAUCAAAAUUGUCUACCAAGGAUACAUCGCAUCGGCCGUCAGCGUUUCCAACUGUGAUACUGAACCCGAAAAUCUGACUCCUUGGACUAUAAAGGACAACCAGACAGAUCUGAUUUUCACCUGCAGGAAAGACGGAAAAGAUCAGCUUAUAAGGAUGCCACAAAGUACUUGGUGUACUUACAGGAAUGAAGGCACUGGCGAAAGCGCGGCAACUGCACUUGAAACUGGAACUACAGGUAGCUUAAAUGGAAUCAAUAUUCUUCCAACACCCAAAGGACUGAUCGUGUGGGAUCAAGAUGAGGUGACCUUUUUCGACGUCACUGGGGUGAAGAAUUGGACUGUUUCAAGUGAACCUCAUUUUAAUUUAAACCGAUUUCUCUUGCAUGGAAAAUUCAAUGACGCUGGAUCUCAAAUUGCUUUGUUCAGCAACAAUGCUUCUUCCACAUUGCAGGUGUCUUUGCUGGACUAUGAGACGGGGAAAACGACAUGGAACAAGACCCUCCCGAAUGCAGAGAUUUCCGAUAUUGCUUUAAUGAAAGGAGAGAAGAACGACUUUGUUUUAGUGUUGCAGAGAAAGGUGGAACGCGACCUGAAGGCAGAAGCUGUGAGUCACUUGUCCGAAGUGCCCACAACUAUCAUCAGUCUACUGUCUGAAGAUGCUGCGAUCACUGAAGCUGACACACCAAAGACCACCCUGGUGGAGGAGGCCAUUUUCAUGGAAUUGGGAAGCAAUUACUACCAAAUGGUUGACGAAAGAAGAACGAAAUAUACCGAGGGUAAAUCCUACAAAAGCAGUUUCACAGUUGUUCCUAGGCCGAAUAAUGAGAUAGCCAUUGUGAUUCUGAAACAGUCCGAAGUUACUUUUCCACAUACUCUGCUGAAAAGUAUUAGUGUCAGCAACUGGGACAUUUCCAUUACUGAAAAUAGACAGUGCAGUUGGAGUGCAUGAGCUGUGACAGACUGAAAUUCUAGAGCACAUGAAGAAGUGUGAUCUGAAGUUGAAACUUCUAUAUAAAUAUUCUCAUAUAGCCGAAUAACUCAUUUAUCUAAACUUUCUUCAUUUCAUAACGAUUCAUUUUUAAUAUAAAAAAAUAUUGUCAUUUGACUUUUAUCUCAUAAUCUGAUUGUUUAUUUACUGUUCUUAAUAAUGUUUACAUAUUAUAAUUUCCGUGGUUAAUGAUAUAUGUCACCGAUCCACCUGAACAGGCUCAUCAUCGGUUUAAAUAGGUUCAGAUUCAGCCAGUGAAUAACAUAAAAUGAUAUACUGACAAAUUGUGGAAUUCAAUCUGAACUCAAUACUUAUAAAAUGUGAGACAAAAUAACUUUUUGCCAUGUGCUGAUUCUUAUUUUUUUUAUCUGCAUCUAAGGACAUAUUUAUAGCGUGAGAAACUUCAGAAAAUGAUCCUUGCUCAACUCUUUGUAGAAGAAUUUAAUGUCUUGUAUAAAAUUUAAGAAUAUUUUAUAUUCUAUUUGCCAAUGAACAAAAUUUAUAAAUAUGAAUUCAAAUUCAAAUGUCAGUCUUUAAUAACUGCACAAUCGGAUUAAUUCUAAUAUAGGAAUUAUUAAAGUGAGUUAUUUGGUUUUGAAGUUUAUACUUUUUUGCUGUAUAAUCUAAUUACAUAGAAAGAGUUUUUAAAUAAUUAUUGAUUGUUCUUGUAAGAAUAAGUAUUUUGAAGUCAUUUUUUAAGGCUUAUAAUUUUGUUUAUAUCGGUUCUUAGUUUAACAAAUACAAAUGAUGAUGAUGAUACUAAUAGAGUCCUGAUACUGUUAUGUUAACAUGCUAAAAAUGUUUGAAAAAGAGUUUUCAAAGGUGCAUUUUUUUCUUUGUUUUUAAAGAUAAUAUACAUGUUUUUGUGUAUUUCUUGUGGAUAGAAAAUCAUUUAUAUGUGUGGUAAAAUAUUUAUUUGAAUGUAUUUUUUGUUAUAAAAAUCAUACACCAAGUAAAAAGUCUUUUUGCUUUGAUGUAAAAAUCGCAUAAACUGCAGUGGUAAGUAUUCAUUGACAUAAAUUUUAAGAAGAGAUGAAUGUGAAGAAUCCAUGCCAGCAAAUGAAAAAUUCCAAAAAUAUCUUUUUUCCUUAACACUGUGUACGAGCAAGUUUGAGUUUCUUUAAUUUCUUCCUGUAUUAGUUGCGAGUUUUUCUUAUUGACUGCAGUUAAGUGACUGAGAGAAUUAUUAAUGGAUGAAUCAAAGAUGUUGGAGCAAUUAAAAUAUUAACAUUUUUUUUCCCUGUGUAUUAUUGUUCUCGUACUUUUACAAAAACAGAAAUUCAAUAGCCAUAUCAACUAAGAAAUAUUUUUCAACAAUGGAUUGAUUCUAGUUGUAUCACUUCUUGGUGCUGAAGAACUAAUGUUUCCCUCACAAUCAUUGGAAUGUUUUCUUACAGAAAUAGGAAUGCACUAAAAUUCUGAGAAACGCUUUUCAAUAAUGGAUAGAUUCUAGUUGUUUUUCUUCUUGCUGCUUAAGAAGUAAUGUUUCCCCUCACAAUCAUUGGAAUUGUUUUCUUCCACAAAUAAGAAUACACAAAAAUUCUGAGUAAUGCUGUUCAAUAAUGGAUAAAUUCUAGUUUUUUUUCUUCUUGCUGCUGAAGAACUAAUGUUUCCCUCACAAUCAAUGGAACCGUUUUCUUCCACAAAUAAGAAUACAUAAGAAUGUUUCCCUCACAAUCAUUGGAAUUGUUUUCUUCCACAAAUAAGAAUACACAAAAAUUCUGAGUAAUGCUGUUCAAUAAUGGAUAAAUUCUAGUUUUUUUUCUUCUUGCUGCUGAAGAACUAAUGUUUCCCUCACAAUCAAUGGAACCAUUUUCUUCCACAAAUAAGAAUACAUAAGAAUGUUUCCCUCACAAUCAUUGGAAUUGUUUUCUUCCACAAAUAAGAAUACACAAAAAUUCUGAGUAAUGCUGUUCAAUAAUGGAUAAAUUCUAGUUUUUUUUCUUCUUGUUGCUGAAGAACUAAUGUUUUCCUCACAAUCAAUAAAACCGUUUUCUUCCACAAAUAAGAAUACAAGAAUUCUGAGAAAUGCUGUUUAAUAAUAGAUAAGUUCUAGUUGUAUUUCUUGCUGCUGAAGAAUUAAUGGUUCCCUCACAAUUAUUGGAAUUGUUUUCUUCCACAAAUAAGAAUGCACUAGAAUUGUGAGUAAUGUUGUUUUCAAUAAUGUAUUGGUUCUAGUUGUUGUUUUUUCUCUUGCUACUGAAGAACUAUUGUUUCCCUCACAAUCAUGGAAUUGUCUUCCACAAUAAGAAUGCACUAGAAUUCAAUCAUUGAAAUCGUUUCCUUCCACAAUAAGAAUGCACUACAAUUCUGAACAAUGCUAUUCAAUAAUGGAUAAAUUCUAGUUAUUUUUUUUAUUCUUGCUGUUGAAGAAUUAAUGUUUCCCGUACAAUCAAUGGAAUUGUUUUCUUCCAUAAAUAAGAAUAUACAAGAAUUCUGAGAAAUACUGUUUAAUAGCGAAUAUUUAGUUGCAUUUCUUCUUAGUGCUGAAAAAUAACAGUGUUCUUCAUAGUCAUUGUCAUGUUUUCUUACAGAAACCAAAAACGAUAAGAUUCUAAAAGAGGCUAUUCAACAAUGAAUAUUUCUUGAUGAUAGUGUGUUUUCCACACAGUCACUGGAUUCUUUUUCUUACAGAAUUCAAUAUGCAUACAAUAGAAUUCUCAAAUACCUUUUUCAGCAGUACCUGAGUUAGAGUUGGAUUUCUUCUGGUUUUUGAUAAAGCAAACGCGAAAACUGGACAUCUAUUUAAAAUUUAAUAUCUAAGAAAAAAUAAUUUAAUCGAUCUACUUGGGACAAAAUAUUUCAAAAUAUAUUUAAAUUUAACUGGUCGUAACUCGUGAAUAUAACUAUAAGUUGAAUAAUUUUAAUUUAAGAUAGAGAUCCGAUUUUAAAAAAUUGCAUUUAAGUAUAGGAUAAUACUUGGUUGCUGAUGAUUGAUCUUUGCCGAUGACAUUUUAAGUUGAAGUAAUUGAGGAAGAUGCAACUAUCAUUCAAGGUGUAUAAAGAAUAAAGUAUAGUAUAAAGGAUUUGUUCAAUUAUACUACAAAUUGCAAUACUUUUCAUGCUCCAUAGUAUCUUUUGUUGCAUCAGUAACUGUCUUCUAAUCAUCUGAUUAAUAAAAUGCAGUGGUGCAAAGAGAUCUAUGUCUAAAAUAGAGGUGUCUAUUAUAGACAUAUAAUUCUAUGCCUGUAAUAGAAAUGUCUAUUAUAGGCAUAGAAUAAUUCUUAUAAUAAAAAUGUGUAUAUAGAUAUACAAUCCUAUUAUAGAAAUGUUUAUUACAUGAUUGGAUUACAUCUUUUGGGAUUUUACAAAUGCAGAGUCCUCAUAUACUUGUUUCCCAAAGAAGCUAUUUCAUGUUUCAUUUCGCUUUUUAAAACUAUCGUCUUAUAAUCGAACGAAAAUAUUUUUUACCUAAAAUUCAAUGAAGUAAAAUUGACAUUCAUUGAAUACUUUCACAUCAGUACUUUUUAGUUGUUUUGAAAAUAUUUUAAUCAUAAUUAUAUAUCAUGUAUUAUAUCCAAAUAAAAAUGUGUAUUGAAAAUAUUUUAAUCAUAAUUAUAUAUUAUGUAUUAUAUCCAAAUAAAAAUGUGUUAUAUUGUGUCUUGAUGAGAAGCCAGACUAACGUUGCUUCAAAUAAAGAUGUUACACUGUCAA